UCUUCUUGUAGUAUCAAAGGAAGAUAGGUUCCUCCUAGCUAUGGUACACAUCCCUGCGACUCGUACCUUUCACAGGUAGUACGAUCGAGAUCCCCUCAUGAAUUGUUUCUCCCUCAGCAAGAAGCCUCUGGGUAUGACUUCUUGACUCAUCACGAUCUAUCUAUUAGUUGUCUAGAUUUCUCUAUCGUGAAUAUAAACAGUCUCGAAGCCCUCUGCGCCAUCAUGAGCGACAGCAAAGGAUGCAGAAGCAAAUCCGACGACUCUGCUUAUUUGGCCGAAUACUAUGAUCUACAGGUCAAGGCAGAUGUCACGACCUUGAACGCCCAAGGUGAUGCCAAAGUUUAUCUAUCGGCCCUGAAGAGGCAGAUGGAAUCGUACUACCCUCUUGACCACCACGGUGAACACCUUGUCGUCCUGGACGUCGGCACAGGUACCGGACGUGUGCUGGCCAAUCUCGCCACAGAUGCCGUUCGGGACAGCAUUCCUCUAUCUAAUGUCGAAUUUAUCGGCGUUGACAAGGAGCCUUCGAUGAUCCAUCGUGCAUUAGCUGUACAGCGGGAGACGCCGAGUAUGUCGCACAUCGGUCGCAUUGAUUGGCUUGUCGGAGGCGUCCUCCAUUUGUUAUCAGCAGAGCUGCUUGAAAACCACAUCAAUCAGGUUGAUCUCCUGCUGUCCGCGUCUGGCGGCGUCAGUCUUCUUUUCAGGGCUGGUGAGCUCGUGAGAUUUUUCGCUCAGGCUGCUGCGCUACUUCGGCCGCGAUCAGGACGUUUCUAUCUAUCUGUAAAGAAAGAUCUACUAUCAACGAAAUCUACCACAAAGCCAAUGAACGAAAAUACGACAGAUACGGGGUCGUGCGAGCGACAUGAAUUCCCGAGUGAGCUCCAUGAGGGUAUUAUCUACAGGCAACUGCCGAUUGAAUGUCCAGUCUUAGACGGUAUUAUUAAGAGGACUCUCUACCAGUUGCAGGUGAUCAAGCGGACUGAUGCCGGCCGUGAAGAGAUUGUAGAAGAAAGCCAUAUCGAAUGCGUGCAAAGGAUUUGGAAAGAGUCGGAGCUCUUAGAGUGCUUUAAGGAGGCGGGGCUGGAGUGUGUCGGAAUCAUCCAUGCUUCACAUGAGACAUACUAUGUUUUGAAGCAGACGGAAUGACUACAAUUUACCUUCAAACUUUGAAAAGCUUUUGUCUCCUAUUUGCCUUUAUUUCCUUCACAGCACCGUGUGCUCCUUCCUCUCCUUUUUCUCUCAUGGGCAUUUUAAGACCCGACUUCAACACCUCACCGAUCACCGACUUAUCUGGUCUCAUUAGCUUCGUUGAUUGUAUUGGCACAGUCUCAAUUGAGGUACUUCUUUCACUUGUUUGAUACCGAGAAUGCUAUGUGUUGCGAAUGAGCCCUUCGAGCGACUGAUUUGCAGGGCUGUGUGGGAGCCUUGGAUUCUCAACAAAGGAAAAAAGGGGUUAUGCCUAUGGUCAGAUAUGGGGAGAAUUAAGUAUAAGGUAUAGUGUUCAUUGCCAGGUAACGGACAGCCAAAAAGACAUAUACUUUUUACUACUUAUAUCGAAAUGCUGUUCAUGGAGCAUGCUAUAGUCACAAUAUAUAUUUUUGAGCAAUCCAGCAGGGAGGUCCGUGUUCGACAGCGCGGAUAGUAGCAACGCUCAGAAACGCAUCUAGAGAUGGGCAUAGGCUCCAACCAAAGGAAGUACCGAGAAUACAUGAAAAUUAUGGACAUCUAUGAGCCGCAUCGUGUGAAAUGUGGUCAACCACGUCGAGAUAAAAGGCAAGGAUCCGGUGAGGACGGUAGC